AUGCCCGAAGAGCCUCCUGUCACAGGGGACGCGCUCGCUUCGGCCUCGGAUGCCGAGAAAAACGCGAGAUUCGACGCCUCGGGCAGAAACACAACAUCGCCGAAGCCGCGCAGCUGCGUUGUAUGCCGAAGUCGGAAAGUCCGAUGCGACAAGCGAGCGCCUUGUUCCAAUUGCCGUCGCGCAAAUAUCGCGUGUGUGCUUCCACCAACAGACCGUCCGCCAAGAUGGGCUCGCCAUCUCGACCGCCUCAACAGCGCGGUAUCCAACCUACCGGCCUCCCAAAAACCCGAAGAAGACGUGAUGGAGAAACUUCAUAACCUUGAAAGCCUUGUUCAAGAGCUACGGAUUCAGCUGGAACAGGCUAAAUCAGCAGCUAACUCUGCUGAAGGGUCAUCCGGGGUUGGUUCGCCUGAAAGCUCCGCGCAUGAUCGACAGUCGAACCCACCUUCCAUUAGUACUGCCAGCGUGCAAAAUAAAUUCGGGAGACUGGUGCUUCGGGAUUCAGACCGAAGCCGCUAUGUUAGCAGUGGCUUCUGGUCUCGGGUCAAUGACGAGCUUGAUGGCCUCAGGGAUGAUGUUCGUGAUCUUCCAUUAGGGGAAUCCGAUACCUCAGAUGAUGAGGCAUCACCGGAGAUGACCCUUUCUACACAAGAACUCGACCGGACCCCUGCAGAGCGUCACGGAUUCUUGUUUGGGCAUAAUUUGAGUCCUUUUUCUCCCAACCUAACUGACCUUCUUCCACUCCCUUCUCAAAUUCCGUUCCUUCUAGACGUGUUCUCCGAAAAUGUGAACAUUAUCUUUCAAAUUGUUCAUCUUCCCACCAUCAAGAACAUGGUUCGCGAUUGGCGCGGCCGUGAAAUGAAGGGUCUCACACCGGCCAAUGAAGCUUUGAUGUUCGCUAUUUACUACGCUGCUAUUACAUCAAUGGAAGAAGAAGAUGUAUUACUUAAUUUCGGAGCCACCAAAGCCGAGCUCAAUCUCAAAUAUCGCCAAGGCCUCGAACAUGCUCUUGCCAGAGCUGAUUUUCUGAAUGCACCUAACUUAGUCCUAGUGCAGGCAUUUGUAAUCUUUCUUUAUCUUGCUCGCCGACAUGACAGUCCGAGGUUUGUGUGGAUGAUGACAGGACUGGCAAUCCGAAUGGGUCAAGCUCUGGGACUACAUCGUGAUGGAACCCAUUUCGAUUAUCUCAGCCCAUUUGAGAUUGAGAUGCGGCGAAGAGUCUGGUGGAACCUUUGCAUUUUGGAUGUGAGAGCAUCCGACGAUCAAGGAACCGAUUACACGAUCACAGGAGCGAGCUUCGAUACUAAAAUACCUCUUAAUCUCAAUGAUACCGACCUCGACCCUGAAUCAAAGCAGACACCUCAAGCUCACGAUGCCUUGACUGAUAUGUCCGUUGCACGUGUCUCCUUCGGCAUGUGCGAGGUCACGCGGCAGAUGAUGGGUCAUGGCUUCAAAGAAGCUGCACCGAGUCCAGAAGAGCAAAGUCGCUUGUUGCAAAAAAUAGACCAAGGUCUUCAACGGGACUUUCUCCAAUACUCAACCGAAUCAGGGAACAUUACAUACUGGGUGAUAGUUACGGUCGCUCGGCUUCUUAUGGCCAAAAUGACUCUGCUUAUCUACCUGCCUCUGUUGUUCUCCUCCCCAAAUGAAGACUUCUCGGAGGAGCUGAGAACAAAACUGCUGGUUUCCAGUAUCGAGGUCGCCGAGUACAAUCAUGCCCUGAACAAUGAGCAAGCAUGUAGACACUGGCGUUGGGCUUUCCAAACCUAUACCCAUUGGUACUCUAUUGUCUACAUGAUGCUGGAAAUCUCUCGGCGCCCGUGGUCGCCUCUUUCUGAACGGGCUUGGGUAGCCCUUCACAGUGUCUGGCUAAUACCGAAUCAAGCACACAUGGAAAGAAAUUUACGCGUCUGGAUUCCACUCCGAAAGCUGAUGACCAAGGCUAGGAAGCAUCGCGAUAUGGAAUUCGGACGACUGAAAAGCGAUUCUCAAGCUGUCCAACAGCUGGAACGGGACUGUUGUAUUGCUCCACUCCCGUCGAGCACUGGGCCGUUUCCAUCUGGUUCAAAUUCUGCAGCUCUGUUCCUUGACCAAUGGCGCCAGCUAGUGGCACAACGGGAUAUAACCAAAGAUGAAGCACUCGCAUCAGGGUUUGCCGUCACUGAUCCGUCGAAUCCACCGAUGCACAUUAAAAGCACAACCCAGUCAAGUGUGCAUCCUGCUCCUAAUUUAUGUCAAACUUUCUCCUCGGCUUUCAACGUUGAGCCAGAGUAUCUCGCGCGGUUCGGGCAAGAAGUGUCUAGCAGUGGAUCUACAAACUUCGACUCGGCCAUGGCGUCUAAUACAGGAAUCGGAUUUGGACCCGAAAGCUCUGCUGCUUCAUCACAUAAUCACUUCUCGAUGGCAUCGGAAGCUCAGUUUGACGGUCAACUUGCCACCCCAGCUGUUGUACCUUGGCUGUGGUCUGAGAAGGACAUGUCAGCUGAUUUAACUAAUACCUCCGAAGAUCAAGCCGGGAGUAACAUGGGCAUAGACGAGGAGGUGAAUUGGUACAAUUGGGCCGCGUCUGCGAAGGAUAUGGAGUGUGAUAUGGGGAAUUAUAGUAGUGGACCACGCUAG